AUGGCGGACAAACCUUCGCCGCUGUUUGCGAAGCUAUUUGCCGCCGGUUUUUACGGUCUGAGCUCGUUCCUGAUCGUCGUGGUGAACAAAAGUGUCCUGACGAACUACAGGUUUCCCUCAUCAAUAUGUGUCGGACUAGGACAAAUGCUGGCCACAGUGAUUGUGCUGUGGGUGGGCAAGGCUGCGAGGGUGAUCACCUUCCCAGAUUUUGAUGAGAGCACGCCUCACAAGACGUUUCCUCUACCUCUCCUUUACGUGGGAAAUCAAAUCACUGGCCUGUUUGGCACUAAAAAGCUGAAUCUGCCCAUGUUUACAGUCCUCAGGAGAUUCUCCAUCCUAUUCACCAUGCUGGCAGAGGGAUUUCUGCUCAAGAAGAAAUUCUCCCGGCCAGUCCAGAUGACAGUGUUUACAAUGAUCCUCGGGGCGUUUAUUGCAGCCAGUGCCGAUUUGUCCUUUGACCCACAAGGCUACGUCUUCAUUCUUAUGAACGAUAUUCUGACCGCUGCCAAUGGAGCGUACGUGAAGCAAAAAUUAGAUGCAAAGGAGUUGGGGAAAUAUGGAUUAUUAUUCUAUAAUGCAUCGUUUAUGAUCAUCCCCACACUGCUGUUGGCUCACGUCACUGGAGAUAUUCAGAAGGCAGCAGAGUUUGAUGACUGGUCCGAUGUGUUUUUCCUCUCCCAGUUUGUCCUGUCCUGUGUCAUGGGGUUUAUUCUGAUGUAUUCCACUGUACUGUGUACACAGUACAACUCUGCGUUGACGACUACCAUUGUGGGCUGCAUCAAGAAUGUUCUGGUGACAUACAUUGGGAUGGUGUUUGGUGGAGACUACAUUUUCUCUUGGACAAACUUUAUAGGUUUGAAUAUCAGUAUUGCUGGCAGCCUGGUGUACUCGUACAUCACUCUGACGGAGGAGCAGUCCAACAAACCAAGCGACAACAAGCUGGACAUCAAGGGGAAGGUGGUUGUGUGACAAACACACUGGACUGUUGUGCGUUUCUUUCAUGAUCAUGAACGGGAAGACUGUUUUAGUACAACUUUUAUUUAUGAAUCAUUUGUCCGCAGGUUCCUGGAAAUAUUGUGUGUGAUGUUCUAAAAGCUUUUCUGUGGAAAAGCAUCGUUAACGUUUCAGUCCUGCUGCUGCCAUGGUUAUGAAACACUCCGAGGGACUUUAGGAUGACUUUUAUAUGUAGUUUUUUUAUGCUGUAAAGGCUUAUUGAGGACAAGGGAACAUAAAUAAUAUUUAUAUUUAGGCAUUUCUUGGUUUUCAGACAAACUAAAUAUUUCAGGGUUUGAACAUUUCAUAGGUCAACGUUGGGAAAGCGUGUCGUUUCUAGAGUGAACAGCUGGAUUUAACAGCUGGAGCGUGUGCGUAGUGAUGUGUCACUGGGAUGUGAGGAGUUGUUUUCAAAGCUCACUUGUGCUGCCUUCUGUCUGUUGUGCUGUUUCCAAGACGUGUGACUCUGAGCUGCACUGACAUUUUCUACUGUUGUCCGUAAGCUCGCGCCUGUUUUAUGCUAAAGCUGUUAGCUUGUUACAAACCA